CUGCAAACUGACGAGACAGGCAGACACGCUGCGGUAAACAAAUGUGGCUUGUUCUUUCUUGCCAACAAAAACACGCUUGUCAUUCACCUUUUCGCACAGCUUUAGCAUGGAUAUCGAGGAUUUGUCACAGCAGCGCGAACAAAUGCAGCAGACUAUUGACAGUCUAAAACAAAGCAACGAUGCGCUGGUCGCAAAGGAGGUAGCGCACCAUGUGGACAAUGCACAGACAAUUCGUAAGAGCGAGGUAGACACACUACAGGAAAGUUUGCAAGCCUUGUCGCGCCGUCUACAGACAGCAAGGGGGAAAGUAGAUGCGUCGAAGGCGCAGCGCGAAGAAAAGUCUCAUGCGGAAACCAUGCGUGAAUUGAGGGCCGAGAAGCAGUCUGCGGAGCAAGGAAUAUCCGAUCUGAACGAUAGAGAACAGAGGCUUCAACAGGAAAUUACUGCAUUGGAAGAGCGCAUGGCAAACAUGAGCGAUAACAUUGAGCAAGAGUUGGAUCCAGGCGCGAUUGUUAUGCAGCUGCAGGUUCUACGAAGCCUUGGGGUGGAGCCACUAGUCAAUGGGCAAAGCAAGCAAAUCGACAAGGCAAGAAUUAUUUCGCCCAGCUCUGUAACUGUUGUUCAAUUGGAUAAAGGGUGUGCCGAGACACCAGAUGGCAGCACAGCUGUGGGAGCUAUGCUCAUCACCAUAGAAAUCACCAGCAUACAGAAAUAUUAUAUAAGGACCUAUUGAAUAUACACUGGGCGGCAAAAUUGAGUCACAAAAAUGAAUAUCUUCAGAAAUCUUUAAUGAUUUC